AGCCGUCGGAGGGAGCCGGAGCGCUUCUCCCGAGUUGGUGAUCGAUUGGUGGUGGGUCCAACAUGCAAGUGAGUGAGCGAUGAAAAUCAGCAGAGCCGAUGGGUCGUGAGGAUGUGAGUGGGUUUGAAGGCUUCUACACCCUCUACUCCAGGAAUCAUGAAUAAACUGGAGGAUCAGCAGGACCAGAUGAUACCAUGAAGAGAAGUUUACAGGCCCUCUAUUGCCAACUGUUAAGCUUCCUCCUGACCGUGGCACUGACCGAAGCUCUGGCAUUUGCCAUCCAGGAACCAUCUCCCAGGGAAUCUCUUCAGGUCCUCCCUUCAAGCACUCCCCAAGGCACCAUGGUGACAGCACUCCUCAGCUCUGCCAGACACUCCUCCCUGGUGACGCUGACCCCCCAUCCUGAUGGACCCUCCUCACAGGCUACAGCUCCCAUGGGAACAACAGCCCUUCCAGAUGGGCACCCUCCUACAGACUCCGUCUCCACCAUUGUGGCAACAGCAACCAGCCCCCAUUCUGAAAGGCCCCUGCCCACAGGGCCCCCUCCAAUGGCCAUGACAACCACAACUUCCCACUCAGAGGGCCGCCCCCCAGGGGAAGCCACCCCCACCAUCCUGCUGACAAAGCCACCGAGAGCCACCAGCCAUCCCACCACAGCGUCCCCCAGGGCUGCCACACGCAGGAUCCCCAGACCCCCAGGCUCUUCCCGAAAGGGGGCUGGAAGUUCAGCUCGCCCUGUCCCGCCUGUCCCUGGUGGCCACGCUGGGAGGAAGGAAGGCCAGCGGGGACGAAAUCAGAGCUCCACACAUUUGGGGCAAAAGCGGCCCCUGGGGAAAAUCUUUCAGAUCUACAAGGGCAACUUCACAGGGUCGAUGGAGCCAGAGCCCUCUGCCCUCACCCCCAGGACCCCUCUCUGGGGCUACCCCUCUUCACCACAGCCCCGGACAGUGACUACAACCACAGCACCCAGCAGCACCUUGUGGGCACCACCCACCACCCCCCUGGUGCCUGCAGAGGACAAGCCAGGCCUUCACACAGCAACCCCGGGGGGUGGUUCUACCAUCACCAGCCGCAGAGGGGAGCCAGACACCACAGCAGCCUCAGGUGCCCCUGCCAGUCCACGACCUGCCCCAGUGCCUUCUCAGCGCCCCCACAGCAAUGCGCAGGGUGGCCCCAACCACAAUGACUCCUGGCUUACUGUCAGCCCGAGCACCAGCAGACCUCUGUCUGCCAGUGCUGAGGUCUUCACAACCACCAUGGGACCCACCCAGGCUGCCUUUGAUGCCAGUGUCUCAGCCCCUUCCCAGGGGAUUCCUCAGGGAGCAUCCACAACCCCACGGGCUCCAACCCGCCCCCCCGGGGUCUCAGAAAGCACUGUUUCUCCAGCCAGGGAGGAGGCCACAGCCACCAUCCCCGUGACCGACAGGGUGCCCAGUCCUCUCUCCACAGUGGUGUCCACGGCCACAGGAAACUUCCUCAACCGCCUGGUCCCUGCUGGAACCUGGAAGCCUGGAACAGCAGGGAAUAUCUCCCAUGUGGCCGAAGGGGACAAACCCCAGCACAGGGCCACCAUCUGCCUGAGCAAGAUGGACAUCGCCUGGGUGAUCCUGGCCAUCAGCGUGCCCAUUUCCUCCUGCUCUGUCUUGCUGACAGUGUGCUGCUUGAGGAGGAAGAAGAAGGCAGCCAACCCAGAACACAGCCUGAGCUACUGGAACAACGCCAUCACCAUGGACUACUUCAACAGGCACGCCGUGGAGCUGCCCAGGGAGAUCCAGUCCCUCGAGACCUCUGAGGACCAGCUCUCGGAGCCCCGCUCCCCAGCCAAUGGUGACUACAGAGACACUGGGAUGGUUCUUGUGAACCCCUUCUGUCAAGAAACCCUGUUUGUGGGCAAUGACCAAGUCUCUGAGAUCUAACUGCAGCAGCCUUUGCUUUGCCAGUCCCUAUUUUUCGUCUCUAAAUUAUAAAUAUACAAAUAUAUAUAUAUAUUAUAAAUAUAACCUUUGUGGAACCCUGACUUAAUGAGAAACAUUUUCAACUUUUUUUUUCCUAAAAAUUGUCAACAUCUUUUUUAUAAGUGUGGUUUAAAAAAAAAAACUUUACAGAAUGAUCUGUGGCUUUAUAAAAUAAAGGUAUUUCUAAGCAAA